AUGGGUGAAUGGGAGGAGGAGGAGGAGGAGGAGGAGGAGGAGGAGGAGGAGGAGGAGAGAACAGUUACGGCUCCUACGUUGACGGGGUGGAGGGGUGAUAGGCGGCUUUAUCCUGGCGCCAAAGAGCAGCACAUGCGACCUAUCGCAUCCCGUAUGCUAAUUGUCCCUGCGCGUAUAUUAAUCACACUGCCAAUAAAAGCGAAGAGAGGAGUCCCAGGAAGCAGUCUUGAAGAAGAAGAAGAAGAAGAAAAAAAACAGAAAAAGACACGUUUGCCGGGACAAGAGCUUUAUUAGCCUGACGUUUUGGAUUCCUGCUCGAAUCCAUCAGCAGAGACAUAAGCAGAUAAGGGUGGUUCAUGCACAGGCGGCUGCAGUAUUUAAAGGAUGCAGUAGCCAUGCUACCGCAUACCUAUGAAUAUUCACGGCUCCCUCCCCUUCAUCAGGGAUCGUUGCACGUGGCGUGAUGGCCGACAUUCGCGUCGUUAAUUGCUGCAAUUUCAUCACGUGCGUUGGAUGGAGGUGUGAUGAUUGCUCGACCAUCUGAAGCGCUGACCCGUGUGUUGGGAAGAGUGUUCACCAGUGCGCUCCCCGCGUGGCCAAUUACAGUGCCUAGGAGGAUUCUCAGCACGGAGUAUUGAAUGGGAAGAUCAUUGCACUUGCUAAUAGACUGGGGUCCAGUAAACCAUGACUCAAGCAGCUCCCGGCUGACGCGGUCGUCACCUCUUGCGAGAAUUUCGGCCUCCUCAAAUUUGAAUGUGUGGCCGGAACCCGUCGAAUGAGCCGCAACUUGAGAGUUGGUGUCAUUUCUCCGCACUGCUGCAGCGUGUUCGGCCAUUCGCGUUCGGAGCUGUCUUCUGGUUUCUCCGACGUAGUUGCUUUGUCCGCAACUGCACCAGAUCGGAUAAACGACUCCAGACGCUUCUUGCCGUGGCAGUGGGUCUUUCGGUUUCAUUAACUGACGACUGAUGGUUGCCUCCGGCCUGUGUGCAACUCCAACCCCGAGUGGUGCGAAAAGGCGGCCGACAGCUUCCGAAACGUUCUUGACAUAUGGAAGCGCUCGCGUAUUGACAAACACCAAACAAAUGUCCGUCGCCAUGACUUCCGGUUCUUCGUCUCUGCGCGCACGCUCACACGAGUGCGAUCACUGACUGAAUGGAGACAGCAGUGAGGACGUCGCCAGGACGGGUGAGUGAAUUCCUUGCGGCCUUGUAUUCCAAUGCGGACAGUGUCAACCGUCGUGUUUACCUAGACGUCUCACUGAAACCUGCCCCCACGCCGCAUCAGCAGCUGCUAAUCCAGCCGCCCGCCGUCCCACUAGCCUCUCACCCCGGCAGCCUUAAGUGUUCUCCCCUCCACCCACCCAUCCCCUUUGGGACCCACCAUGAGCCUGUGUCCUCCUCACCCUUUCAACACGCUGAUGGUCAGCCUGUCAAUGUUUGUCUUAUCGCGCCAACUACUCUUGUUUUGUUCAGCUUUGCCGUCUGCCUCACCGUGCUCGAAGUCGACCUGCUUGCUGUUGGCGGGUACUUGACUGUCGAAUUUCAACCAUUGAUGGGCUUUUGUGGCUUGUGUAAGCUUUCCGUUUGUCCCGGUUUUUUACUCGUCGGUCUCCCCCUCGUCAGGUGGUGGACUGCUCCGUCGUUGUUGUUAAGGCGUGGGUGAUUUCGGCCUCGUGGGUGAUUCGGCAGGACAGUGUUUCACGCCCGUCACGUGAAUUCCGGUCGUGGCCUUCUCUUACCUCCGCAAGCGUUGGUUGACGGCCCCGAGUGACAUUUUGCCCCUCCUACUAACCCUGUCUGAACUGACUCUAACCUUUCGCGGAGCCGCGGUAGGCGGGAUGCAGGCCUAGGCUUCUAUUGAUUUUGCCAGUCGAGGGCGAACCCAUCGGAAUCAACCUGUCCAUCUUAUUAUUCAUUCAGCCGACAAUUUGUGGUUUCUAAAAGACGAAAAUGUUAACAUUGACCAGCAACAGCUUAUCCUUGCGGUUGAUCGCAAGUUGAUGUUCAUGCAGAUGUUUCCCGUCCUACUAGUAUACCCUGCACCGUAAUGUCGACAUGGCAUGUAGACAAUCGCUGAUUGUUUUGCCAAUGUUAGCGGGACUUUAAGCACCAUGAUCAUAUUGCUGAUGCCGGCUUCAGGGUUCUUGGCAUCGCCAAUCAAGUUACAGGACAUAAUCGUCUCUCUAUGACUCGCAGCCACCCGCACAGACACUGGUAACAUACAGUGGACGUGCUAACUCACGAAAUGUUAACCGAAAUUCUGAAAGGCAAUUUCGACUGCAAAAAAUUACUUAAGUGGGGUUCUAAAAUUACUCACUGUGCAGUAUAAUUCCAAGAUAAUUAUUUUACUUUAGGACGCGAACUUUUGAAUGAACUUCUUUCCGGCCGCUUAAAUAAACUAAGUCCUGUAAAAAGUGACUACACAAGAAUCAUGAUUUUUUAUUGCUUUUCUAUGCCUUUAUAUAUUCAAAUAUAUUUCACAGAAAACACGCACUAAAAUAUUUAUUCUUUUACGUAUGUGGUAACAAAUUACGACGUCAUAAUUUUGGGCUUGAGCGAAGGAUGUAAUUCACAUUUAAAAAGCUUUACCGAUGCCCGGAUAAUUUAAUUUUGACCUGUCGUUACACCUACAUUCAGGUUUUCCAAACUACAUGAUGUAUAUUUUCCCCGUACGGAAAGUCGUGCAUUUCUACACGGUAUUAAAAGGAACAAUACGGAAUUCAUAAAAUUAAGCAACAGACUUGAGCAAUAUUGCAAACUUUACAAGGACCAUUAGUUAAUUUAAAGAAAUUAUGUUUUACGAACGGGCAAUUCACAGUCUGAACAGAAUCUUUUUUUAAACUUUUUAUUCAAGUAAAAAAUUAAAAGACGUCGUAAUUGGCUACCAAAAGAAUAUAUGAAUGAAUAUUUUUAUGCAUGUUUUUUGUGAAAUAUAUUCAAAUUUAUAAAGGCAUCGGAAGGCAAUGAAAAGUCAUGCUACUGAAGUUGUCAUUUUUCCAGGAAGUAUUUUAUGCAAGCGGCCGAAAAAAAUUUAAUUCAAAAGCUCGCAUUCUUAUGUAGUUGAGUCAUUGUGUGAUUAUUCUGAACGCUAACUGAUCUCACAAUCCUAUUUACGUAAUUUUUUCGAGUUGGAAACGCAUUUCAGAAUUUCGGUUAGCAGUUUAUGAGCUAAGAUAUAUAAGUACCGACAAAGACAUUAAUUACCGGAAUUGUCAUUUUUGGAUAUAUAAGCUGUCAUCAGAUAGUCAUACUUAACCACAAGCGUGAAUCACCUGAAAUUGGAGCCUUUUCUAACUUUACUACUAGUCGCUAUGUGUCCGCCUGCGAAAGAUCGUUUGAAGCCAGAGGUACAACGGGUCGACCACGUUUUGUGACCCGACCGGUGAAAGCCCUUCAAGUGCAUGAAAUAUUUCUUAUUACAACCAACUGUACAGCGACCCGUGGCUCAAUAUCAGAUUUUUGUACUUAAUGACCAAAGAUCGCGGUUUCGAAUCUCAGGUGAUUCGCACAUGGCUUUUGAGUAUGGCCGGCUGAUUAUGGAUAAGAAGUCAUACAUGGUCGAUCCGGUGUCUCCUUUCUAUGUGGAUAUCGUCGUCUACAAAUAUAUACUUCUGAGCGAAUAAAUACCCGAUAUACGGCAACAGAGACUGACAGAUAGCGAGGCACUGAUGAAUUUCGGUUCAAUGAAGUGAUAAAGCAGCUGCGCCAGGCUUGUGAGCGCAUGUUUUUGUUUCCGGUCUUUGCUGAUGGUUAGGUUCAUGCUUUGCUGAAUAAGGACAAGCAAGCCCGAAACAUUUCUCUAUCAUAGAAGAUUUAGCAGAUCUUGAAUAAUUCAUAUGGAUUCAACUGUAAAAAAACUCGGCGGCUCUAUGGGAUUCGAACCCACAGUAGCAAAGGAAAGCUUUAGUACAGCCAACGCUUUAGCCACCUGAGUUACGCAGUUGGGUUAGGUUACCCGCCCUGCCUUUACCAAUGUCUGGUAUUCACCUAAUCUGCUACUGCAAGCUGACUGCUCAAGCAGGAUUUCCUGAGUAAUCUACCUAGAAUCCUCCAGAAAACUACCACACCCACGUAACAGAUGGGCGUUUUGACUGAUCUCUAGUAAUUCAUAAUGGGUGGCUCCCGUAAUUCACUGAUAUUUUGACUGUUCUAUAUUAAUCUACCCCCGGACUCUGUCGUCUACCCUCUACUAUGAGAAGUGGUUGCAUGUUUUUGACCCUUGUCACCCAUAUGAGGCUUGCUUGUUUCGGGAAGCCAAAGGAUCGGUGUACACCCACCUCUUUGUGAAGAUUUAUGAAUGUAUCAAUAGCGCCGUACAGCAAAUUUCGUAUAAUAAUAUUGUGGCACAGAACCAAGUAAAGAUGCCGACUGUGAAUCAUUAUUGAGCAUACUAACAUUAUAUAUUUAUAAUUGUAUAUAUAAUUCUACGUAUUCAUAAGCCUACUUUUUGCAGGAAACGCAGCAAGCGAACUAGUCAGACGGCGCUUAACUACAGCUAUCACGAGAGCAUUCCCCGCGGCGAAUUUACGCGUAUGUUUCAUAAACUCUCCCCUCUUGUGUUUGGCAGGUGAAGAUAUACUACCGUUGGAAGUCACAUAAGUGUGCAUCUACUCAUUCACUUACUCCUGUGGAACGGGCUACAUCAGUAAAUUAAAGUUCCAGCUGCCAUUUACUCCUAUUGCAAUACACAGUGCUUAUUACAGAUCUCCGUGCAUUCGCCGAAAUUUCCUAAGAGUGUCAAUUGGCAAUCAUGAGUUUUCGGUAAUUCUUUGUCAGGCCAAUAUAAACAACUGAAUAUGUACAAAAUUAACAAUUCAGCAGUGCGCAAGCGACGCUGAAGUUCCCUUCCGAAUGUGAUGAAGAUAACAAAAUUGCAUUCCUAGAUGUCCUUCUACACAGGCAGAAGGAUAGGUCUAUUCAGCGCAGGGUGUUUCGAAAGAAAAUCUAGACGGGGCACUACAUUAAUUGCCACUGUUUUGUUCCCUCAACGUCAAACGAAAUCUACUCCAGGGAUUGGCAGCUAGAGGGAGGCGCAUCUGCUCACCUGAAGCUAUUGAAGCAGAACAGCAACAGCUGCGAAACGCACUUCGCGAGAACGGAUACCCAGAUUGAUUUAUCCUCCGAAGUAUUGGAGAACGCGCCGCAAAGCCCACUGUUACGACUGCAGAAAAGAAAGAUGUAUUCACAUGACUGCCUUUUGCAGGGGGCGCAGCGGGCUAACUAGUCAGACGGCGCUUAACUACGGCUAUCACGGGAGAAUUCCCCGCGGUGAAUUUACGCGUAUGUUUCACAAACUUUCGCGUGUACUCAAUCCAAGAACAUCACUUAAAGACUCUUUUACUCCCCUCCCCUAGCUCUAAAGACCAAAACCCGCCGACCUCGGCAUGCGGGCAUCGUGGAGAUGAUAGAUGGUAAUGGCUUAAUAACCUUUGACACACCUAUAAACACUGUUAAUUUUGUACAUUUUCAUUCCUUCAUGUAACUGUACUGGCCUGACGAAGAAUUACCGAAAACACUUGUGUGCCAAAUUUACUCUUUAAUAUUAUUUUGCCUGCUGAAAAGAGUAUGGCGCGCAUGUGUUAACAUUAUCUCCAAUCAAAAUCUGGACAGCUAUGCAAGCUGGGAAACCUUCGUUGUUUGUAUUUGUUGCGGAUGUGAUACAACUUUUUUCCCACAUUACAAUGAUCAGUCUACCAUAAAUGACUCGCAAAGAAGCUGAUUGUAGAAGAUUUUAAGUUUAUAGGCAGAAUGGUAUUAUCGACAAAGACAAGGGAGACUGGAAUGGCCAUUUCUGGCUUAUUAGCCGUCGUCAGCCAGCCAUACCCAAGCCCGAAGUGUGGAACACCCGAGCCUCGAACUCGCGACCUGUCGGUUUAGAAGUCAACGCCUCUACUCACCGGGCCACGAGCCCGUCGCCCUGUCGGUUUUCGAUCGGGAAUGUACAGUGUUAGGGGGCGCUCACCGAUCGUUCAUACGGAACUCACUCGUUCCGUUUUCAGAAUAAGAAGAUGCGGUCGCUCAAGCAGGAGGUUUGUCAGCCUGACGUUUCUGGAAAGCACUAGGUCAGAGACAUUCGUGGAUAAAGUUGAUGAGGGCACAAGGAGACACAAUGGUCUCCCGGCACGGCAUUCUGUACUAAGAGUGCCUGAGUAGAGUAAUUACCCAUAUGGGGACGAUAUGUGCCAACGGCAAUUCCAGUAAUAGCGAGCCAAAUUAACAGUUAAUUAUUGCGCCAUUAAUCCAAAACAGUGGUUACUUUUGACAAUUGUCGACUCGCAUCAAUUACGACAUCCGACAGUGAAUGCGUAAGCUGUCUAUACUACUGGGCAUGUGGUAGCGCCGCAAUGGCGAUCUACAGUGGGUGGCCGAUCUCAUGGAAUGUUAGCUGAAAUUCUGCAAUGAGUUUUCGACUAGGAGGCAUUACUUAGGCGCGGUUGUUAUACUGAUUUUCAUGUGGCAUAAUCCUUUAAUAUUUUGGACUCGGCAGGAUGUCAGCUUUUGAAUACACUGCUUUUCAAUCUCCUGUAGAAACCGUAUACGGUGAAAAUGACAACUUGCGUAGCAUGCAUUUUUCUCAUUGAUUUUCUAUGGCCUUGCAAAUUUAAAUAUAUUUUAAAGAUACCGCGAACUAAAGUAGUCUUUCUUUCAGUCGCUUGAUAGAGAAUUGCAUAAUCUUUGUGUUGGAUACUUGAAGAAGAAGUAUAAUUAAGUUUUAAAAAAGGUUUUUUACUCCCUAAUAAUUUGGAGCCUGGUCAGUCGUUGCACUAGCGCUUAGUGAUUAAAGUGUACAAGGUACAUGCGUUCCGCAAAAAGAAAAUCUCAUAUGCCUUCAGAAAUUCAUUAGAUACAUUCCAUACAAUUUUGCAAUGAAUACGAACUAUGAUGUGCAUUUCAUGAGGAGCUGCGGUAAAUGUCCAGGUACGGUGCUAAGUGAAUGGAAAUUGUAGGGUCUUAAAAAUUCUCAUAAUUGAAAACCUUUUUAAAACUUUAUUAUUCUCCCUCUUCAAGUAUAAAAUACAAAGAUUAUGCAAUUCUCUAUCAAGCGACUGAAAAAAGCUUAAUUUUGUUCGUGGUUUCUCUAAAAUAUAUUUGAAUUUGCAAGGCCAUAGAAAAUCAAAGUGAAAAAUGCAUGCUACGCAAUGUGUCCUUUUUCACCGUAUACGGUUUCUACAGAGGAUUGAAAAGCAGUGUAUUCAAAAGCUGACAUCCUGCCGAGCCAAAAAUAUUAUAGGAUUAUGCUACAUGGAAAUCAGUAUAACAACCGCGCCUACGUAAUCCCUCCUAGUCGAAAACGCAUUUCAGAUUUUCAGCCAACAUUCCAUGAGAUCGGUCACUCACUAGAUAAUUACUGCACUUCUUGUGGCUCCAUCACCCUUGUCUGUGACAGUCUCUGGUGAUGGGCUCGACUGCGGACUACGAAACGCCAGGCCGAUAAGGCUUCCUUCCAAGCAAUCGCAUCUGCCUCUUUUGAACUGCUUUCUGGGACCCGUAUGUUCGCUUCUAUCGAUCAUUUCAGGACCUGUCUUAAUUGAAAUUUUAGGAAAAUAUACUUUAAUUCGAUUAAGUAACACUCGGAAAAUGCAGAUAAUUCAUUAGGUCAACGCUGAUUUCAGUCUUCAUACACGAUACCAUCUAAAUAAGAUGGGAAUUGGAUCUGGAUAUUCUUUUCGGAAUAAAACAUUUCCCAUUUGCGUUUUCACUUUCUUAAAAAGGUCAACGUAAUGUUUUCAACAAGUUUGAUCCGCCUUCAAACGCCAGAGCCAUGUUGUCACCAUCUGUACGCGGGUUAUGGACCAAAAAUGGUUACUCCAUCGUAAACUGUUAUUGUCGAUAUUGCUUCAUGAAGUCGGUAUCACUGACAAACAAAUCACUUUAUUACCAAAUUUUUCAGUUAACUUGUUGUCGAAGCAGAAAACUGUCGUAGGACAUUUCUUGAUUAAAAAUAGCAAUCACACCAUUUUGCAACCGCAAUAAAAAUUCCGAAAUUCCUGUUUUAGAUUUAUGCGCAAUAAGAGGCCCUCCACCGACUUCAGACGUCACAUUCAUUUGGAACGCAAAAGUCAUGCAAAUCCGUCAGAAUCAAAUAGUAAUUAUCGCGUAAAAGGCAAGCGCAUUCCUACGCUCGAACCAAUGCGAUUUAUUGUUGGGUUAGUUUAUUUGUGAGCUCACUUUAGUAACAGUUUAAGCAGUUGGCACGACAAAGCAAAGUGAGCAUUUGAAAUAAUGACGCACGUGCGUAUGCUGGCGAGUUGUGUUUUCAUACCCUAAUCGCAAGCAUUCCUUAACUGAUUGGUUUUUCAGAAAGAAGUCGCAAACCUUUAUGUUAUCUAUGCGUGGGCGAGAAUUAAACCGCGGUCGUUCAAAUGCCAUGCAAGUCCGUUUCAUUACCGGCGAGAGAUUAAAUUAGCUUUCUACACAGAGUCGUUUUGUGUCACUAAUCAAUUGCAGACAGUGAUAACAAAGGAGUCUAGACGUUUAUUUUACUUACGUUGUUUUUCUCAGUGUGCACUAUAUAAAACCGGAGCUGCAUUUCACGACAUAUCCUAAGAUUAGUUUAUCCCACUUUACAUUGGAUGUUUAGCUUGACGGGCGAAAGCCGAUGCUUAUACUAAAAGCACUGAUCGGGAUUAUUUUGAACAAUACAUGUACUUUUUAAUUUACGAAGUAAAAAAUUCAAAACCUGACUUGCUCUAAAUCAAAUUCUUAUCGUCUGCCGUUUAACCUGUGCAUUCGAACUGUCCAUAUUAUUUUCAUUAAUUGCAUCUUGGUUAGCUAAUCUAACGCAUAAGCAUGUUUGCUGAUCACAGAAGGAGAGCAUGACGAGAAACCAGAACCACCUACAAAAUCAUUCUCAUAAGCCUAGGAGCACAGUUGUAGGCAGUCGAAGAACAUUGAGAUAUAAGACAGCAUUAUGGGUUUUUCAGGGGACGUCAGCUGCGGUAAGCACAUUUUCCAAUUCAUAUAGGAGCACAUCAUCAGUGACUGUGAGAAGGUUACAACAAACGAACACUUUCGCGGUCAGACAAGGAGAGAUCCAGGCUAGCAUUCGUGACUCGAUUGGGUUCAUAGCGUCAAACCCACACUGCUCUCAAGAUAUGAUACCGGUUUGCGCUCUUGGCGGGAACGAAACAGCACUACCUGGCUGCACGAGCGUAGCGCAUGAAGGCAGGGGUAUAUCAAAAUGUUUGCUGUGGGGAUUUGUGCCAGACAACCAGACCUUCUGCCCCGCCCCUCGCGAUAAUAUUCUCUGGGAUAUAGUUAUGUAAACGCAUCUGAGGUAAGCAAACCCCAACCACCGGUAAUAAGAGAACAGUGGUAAUGGGUAUUUUUAAAGGUGAAGCCGAAGAACGCACUGGCGACGAGGUCAAGUAGUUGUAUGCAGAAUAAAAGCUACUGGGAAUUCGCGAUUACAAUUUGAGUGUUUAAGAAAUAGUUGUCCUUACCCCUAUCCCUAAACAAAACCCCUAACCUCAGCCGCUAACUGCGACAUUUCGUUCCACUGUUUGUAAUACAACUUUAUAUACGGCAUGAAUUAAAUAGACCCAAACAACUACUAGCAAUCUGAGUUUUCACUGAAAAUUUUUUGAGAAAACAGUUAUCAAUUAUAGGCUUUUUCAUUCAUUCUUCAUGAUCGGAGGAUUCCCUGUUCCUCUCGUCAAGGUAAACAGGUAGAACCUAUUUGAAAACGAAGACAGGCUCUCCGGAGCAGGUUUAUUUAAUGCUGACGUUUCAAAGAGGUGGGUCGGCUCUUCAUUGUCCAAGCGUAAAAUGCACUUAAUCGGUCAGAAUUUUAAUUUAAAGUAGCCGUUGUGUUGGCUGGCCUCAUGCUGAUCGAUUUUUCCCUCCUCUCGCUGCCUCGGCCUCUCGGGAUAUGGUUGACGGGCGUUUUGCCUGUGUGCUUCGUGAGUCACUACUCCGUCGAGAGGAACUGAUUGGACUUUGGUCGGGCGUUCGGUCUGGCGGUUCUUCUUCUUUAACACCGAGUAAAUUCAGGUUUUGGCUAUCUCCGUGUGGCUUUCUUAAGUCCGGUGUGGUUGUUUGGUCCUGAGCUCUACGAUUGUGAUGACGUAGGACUUUGUAAGCUGCAGGAAGGUCCAGAUGCCUGUUGAUAGAGUGGGCAUCGGAGAACCACGCCUCGAGAGUUAGCCGUUCUGUUUUUGUGUUGCCUCGGCCUAAGAUUGUAGCCCUCUGGAGGUCAAAAAUAUGCCCCGUUUCUCCAACGUGUGUUGCUAGUUGACAGCUAGGGUCUAACCUCCGAGUGGCCGAUUUGUGUUUUUGUAGGCGGGUUUGCAACUUUCGGCCGGUUUCGCCCACAUAAUUGUAGUCGCCCUCAUUGCAACUGAUUUUGUAGAUGACUGCUGAGAUUUCAGCGGGUGGCAAUGGGUCCUUAGGUUGCAUUAGGCGACGUCGAAAUGUUGCUUGUGGUCGAUGGACUAUGCCUACUCUGGUGGGUUGUAAGAGUCGCGAGACCGCUUCAGAGACCCCUGUUACGUAAGACAUGGCCCUCCAGACUUCGGGUUGCUGCUCAUUUGGCCGUUGUCUGGGCGCCCAACGUCUGCUUCGCUUGAUGAACUGCCUGGGAUAACCAUUGGCUGCAAAUAGGUUCACAAGGUACAAUCGUUCGGCCCUUUUAUCUUCUGGUGUGCUGCAGUGUGUUUCGACUCUUUGGAAUAGAGUGCGGACGCAACUACGUUUGUGAGACAGAGGAUGGUUGCUGUUGAAGUGUAGGGUCUGCCUCGUGUCGGUGAAUUUUCGGAAUACUGCAGUUUGCAGCUGUCCAGUGGUACACCGGCGCACAAGUACGUCAAGUAAAGGCAGUUGGUUGUUUGUUUCUGCCUCCAUCGUAAAUUGGAUAUCUGGGUCAACCGAGUUCAGUAGUUCCUUUAGGUGUUCAAAGUCAGUUGUUUUGACAACGACGAAGGUGUCAUCGACAUAGCGGGCCCAGAACUUUGGUUGAUUCUUGGUGAACACCAAAUGUUCUACCCGUUGAAGUACUACUUCAGCGAUUAGGCCUGAUACAGGGGAGCUCAUAUGAGUGCCUUUUAUUUGUUUGCACAUUUGUCCGCCGAAGAUGAAAUAGUUCUUAAGACAGUAACGCAGGAGCUCGAGCAGAUGCUCAGACUUCAGGGGUUUGUCUCUCUCCUCAUAACGCUUUGCCAGCAGUUGGUCCACAACGCCUAUCGCUAGUUGCUGUGGACUGAAGGUGAAGAGCGAAACGACAUCAAAGGAUACCAUGGACUCGUCUGGCUCUAACCUCAGAUGUUUUAUGCGUUCGGGGAAUUGAUACACAGAUGGUACUGUUGUUGGUGAGCCUUCGGCCAAAAGCUUAAGACGAUCGAAUAUCCAUUUUGCCAAACCGUACGUCGGAGUUCCACGAAGGGGUUACGAUUGGCCUGAGUGGGACAUUUGCCUUGUGUUCUUUUGGAAGACCGUAAAAGCGAGCCGUGGCGGUGUCAGUGGGUUUCAUGGAGAACCAGUCGUUGGGUGUAAUCGCCCCCUUAGUCCUGAGAUUUCUUAGGCUUCUGUUUAUUCGAGUGAUUAGAUUUUACAUUUUGCUGGCACGACAUUGUUUGUAUGAAUGCUGGACUUCGAAUUAGCCCUGUACCUUGUUCUGGAUAUCCGAUUUGUCCAGCACAACUGUUAAACGUCCUUUGUCAUCUGGCAGAAUAAUUACGUUCUUGUGUGUUUUUAGGCUUUUCAGUGCUCGUUGUUCCAUACUGCUAAGAGUUUCGUACCUUCUGUGUCGCAUAAGAAACAAGGAGGUUUGGCGACGGAUCAAAUCUUUCGUCUCUUCUGAUGCCUUUGUAAAUUGAUGAACAGAUUCGAAGGCGGCAAUAAAUUCUGUGGGUGCGGCAUCUGCUGUGUGAAAAGUGGCUCCACGUUCCAGGAUUGCGAGGUGUGUGUUCGUAAGGGUUUUAGAUGAAAGGUUGUGAGCAAGAACGCCUGACGAGUUGUCGGAGCUUGGUUUUCGAAAGUUUUCCAAUUUUAUAGAUAAUUCCUAGUCUCUUUUGGCGCGUACUUUCUGAGCAUGUCUGAGAAUGGUCAACUCUAUAUUCUUCGAUUCUUCACCGACAGCUCUCCAGAGAUAACACUUAGAUCGGUCCAUCUCUAAAUUGUAGCGUUUAGGUCUUUGAUGGCAGUCGUGAAUUAGCACUCUUGUCAUUCUUCUGCCAAGUCGGGCUACAGUCUCCCUUGCCAGAGCAGAAUUCACAGGAGGCUCGUAAGUGAGGCUCUUUGGGGUCAAUUGAUUGUCCAGGCAGCGGUGGAGGUUAGACCCUAGCUGUCAACUAGCAACACACGUUGGAGAAACGGGGCAUAUUUUUGACCUCCAGAGGGCUACAAUCUUAGGCCGAGGCAACACAAAAACAGAACGGCUAACUCUCGAGGCGUGGUUCUCCGAUGCCCACUCUAUCAACAGGCAUCUGGACCUUCCUGCAGCUUACAAAGUCCUACGUCAUCACAAUCGUAGAGCUCAGGACCAAACAACCACACCGGACUUAAGAAAGCCACACGGAGAUAGCCAAAACCUGAAUUUACUCGGUGUUAAAGAAGAAGAACCGCCAGACCGAACGCCCGACCAAAGUCCAAUCAGUUCCUCUCGACGGAGUAGUGACUCACGAAGCACACAGGCAAAACGCCCGUCAACCAUAUCCCGAGAGGCCGAGGCAGCGAGAGGAGGGAAAAAUCGAUCAGCAUGAGGCCAGCCAACACAACGGCUACUUUAAAUUAAAAUUCUGACCGAUUAAGUGCAUUUUACGCUUUGACAAUGAAGAGCCGACCCACCUCUUUGAAACGUCAGCAUUAAAUAAACCUGCUCCGGAGAGCCUGUCUUCGUUUUCAAAUAAUCAUUUUGGAUAUCUCAACUUUGCCAAUCUGUACAGGUAGAACCUAUGUAGUGUUAUGUUUCUGUCGAAAGAAAUUAGAUUAUUUAUAGAACACAUGAGCAUACCCUCUUAAACUUAUACGUAAAUACACUAGCAUCAAUAUUUACAGUAGGUGGGCUAACUUAUGAAAUGUCAACCGAAAUUCCGAAUUGCGUUUUCGUUUUGAAAUUAUUAAUUAAAUAGGGCUGUAAAACUAGCCAGUCUGCAACAUAAUUCUAUAAUAUUUCAGUUACCGCAGAAUGUCGGCUUUCGAAUGAACUUUCCGGCUUCAUGCAGAAACAACACUCUGUUGAACAUAACUACUUAUAUAGCAUGCAUUUUUCUUAUUGAUGUUCGGUGCUCCUAAAUAUCCAAUUACAUUUUGUGAAAAGGAUACAUAAAAAUAUUCAAUCCUUUGUUUAUUCGGUAGGAGGUUAUGUUUUCUUCCAAUCUUAUACUCUAAUGAAGGGUACAAAUUGGUUUUCAAAACAUUUUCCAAUUCCUAAAUAAUCUUGAACCCGCUCAACCGAUACACUUGGAUUCGGGGUUUCCAAACUACAACCCUUAUAUUUUCCGCAUACGGCAAACCACACAUUUCUCUACGGUACUGAAGGUAGACCACAUAGGGUUCAUAAAAUUUAGCAGUGGAUUUGAUCUUUUUGUUAGUUUUACGAGCUACAUUGGUAAAUGCUGAGACAUGACGAUUUAUGAACGGCCAUUGUACGGUAUUUAAAGUUCCUCAAUUAGAAACUUUCUUAAAACCUAAUUAUAUCCCUCCAUUGAGCAUAAAAUUAGAAAAGAAGAUAAUGUUUUACCGACGGAGCAAAAAAUAAAUUUUUAUGCAUGUUUUCCAUUAAAUAUAAUUGGAUUUUUAGGGGCAGCGAAAAUAAAUGAGAAAAAUGCAUGCUACAUCCGUAGUCAAUUUUUAGAGUGUGUCGUUUUUGCAUGAAGCCGGGAGGAAGUUCAUUUGAAAUCCAGCAUCCUGAGGUAACUGAAAUAUUGCAGAAUUAGGAUGCCAACUUAGCAGUUUUACAACCCUACUUUAUUACUCUUUUUAAACGAAAGCACAUUUCGGAAUUUCGAUUGACAUUCCACGAGUUAGCCCAUCUACUUUAGGACGUAAGCGGAAAACCUUCCCCGAUCCAAGUCAUGGGUUCACUAACCCGACUGCCAGAUGACUGUUAUACACCAUUGACAAGAGCUGUAUCAGGGGCUCCCUUAUCAAGUCUUCAAUAUCCGAAUGAAACAGCGUUUACCAUUUAUAAGGAUUUGAUUUUCUAGUUGUUAAAAUAAUAUUAUGUACAUUUCCCUACAUUUAUUUAACGAAAAGUCACUUUUAAACUCCUAGUAUGAUUUUAGACAAGCCUUUGCGCAGUGCCUUAUGAACUAUCGCGAAAACUGGCGUAUCUUUUUAUGCACACUAUUAAUUGAGCAGCUACCGUAUAACAGGCACAGCGGAGCAAAAAGAGGACUUUAAGAACUUGACAGACGACAGCUCUCCCGCCGAUAGUACAUCAUAAUGUUUAAUCAUUUAAAAUUUUACGAUGUCAAUAAGGUGUAGCAAACCCUGUUUUGAAGGCAAUAAUGUUUCCGACGGUAUAAUCUUCAACAUCGGUGUCUUAACAUGUCAGGUUUGUUUUUUUAAUCUGUCGGUUAUUGCGACAUUUCCACAGUUUCCGGAGACCUGCAUCAUAGCAAGUCUAAAUCGCACCAGUUCCGUGUUUUUAAAUGCAAAAUCCGUAGGUUAGAGGUCAAAGUAUAAGACAUAGCUUCAAAAGCAUAAACUAAAUUAACAAAAUCUGAAAGGACAUGAUAGAAAAUCUUGCCGUUUUGAUUUGAGAAUAAAACAGAAAAGAUGAAGGAAUGCACGAUUCAUUCGGUUUUUAUUCAAGACAGUUUCUAAAUAGUCAAGCUCUUACCUGUUGACGGACAAAAUUUCAGCAACAGCUUGCUUCAUAACUGUCACAUUUGUUCGCAUACGACAAAAGAAUUUUCUCGUUGACAUUUAAAGCCUCUUCUGAACAAUAAGAUGGUAUGUAAAUCACAAUGUUAGCUCGAUGGAGCUACUAACUAACCGCAAAAUUCAUCUUUCUUCAUUCAAGAUCUUUUUAAUGUCUAGAGUUUGUGUUACAGUUCUUGAAGCAGAUAAAUUCCGCGAAUCCUUUAUUGAAAAUUUUUGUCCGAUAUGUAAACAAUUCUCUUCUUAUUCGAAUAUGAAUUUAACACAUUACACGGAUUGGGAAUGCCGUCCGCCCAUUUGGGCAGUUUGUGACAAGCGAGGAUGAUAGCAACUCUUUUUCCUCGGACGCCGCAGGAAUUCUGAUGGACAAAACACUAAGGUUUUCAUAAAAGAGUCAAGUAAAAUUCAAACGCAUGCCCUAAAUAACAAACGUCUAGUCAGUUUUAAACUCGGUUACGGCGAAUCGGAAACAAUUAUUGAAAUGCUGCAUAAAUGUCUUCAGCGCUUGGCCAUAAAUAGCCGUUCCCUUCGAUUUUAGGGACCGAGGCAAACACAUGCAUCCGUAAAGAUCAGAGUGUGUGAAAUACAAUGUUGCCAGGCGCUACCAAGUACCUUGCAGAUCCGAAGGGAAAAUUAAAAAAUUAACUAAUAGUCGAAUAACCGUUUGAAUUGUGUUUUCCAACAUACAAUUCCAAAAUGCAUGCAUACUCGCCAUUAUCCAUUAUGGAUACUAGAGUCUAGCCUAUGCUUUUAUUAAAAAUAUGUUUCCGAAAUAUUUCAGACUAACAUUUUGUCGUCUUCCUCGCACCGUGUGUUGGUCUCUUGUUGCUUACGCAAGGCUGCAUACGACAUCGCUAUACCAUAUCCCUACUAUCAGCAAUGUAACCAGAUAUCAUCUAAGAAGAUUGCAGCUGUCUGUUUCUUCAGUCUUUGUCAUUUAGAUCCAACUAUGCUGUUGGAUACUGACUCGCUCCUUUCCUGCAAAUGUGGCAAAAUAGGCGCUACCGAAAGUUUGUAAGUAACCCGGUAUGUUACAUUAAAUAUAUGACAAUGUUGACUUAGUUCGACAUACUUUAGAGACAGUCUGGAACUAAGCACUAGCCACUUAAGUCGUAAUUUUCUCUGUCAGGACUGAAUUAAUUCGUGGUCAAAGUUUAAACCAACUGCGUGUAAGCUCCGGCUCAAACUCCUCUAUUUUCCACUUGAUUGACAGACAACGUUACGAGCGCCUCUUACAAAUCGACAGGGCACAGUGAUGGAUCUUGCACUCAUAACUUACCUCAUAUAGGACGAACUUGUCCAAGCAUUCCUGAAACACCGGGUGUGUUGAGGCAUCUAGGUCUGAACAGCCUACUGAAGCUGCGCCGAUACGGCUGUAAUGUCUCAAUCAGAAGAAAGGUCUAACUAAAGCAACCAUAUGCACACGUUUCAGUACCCAAAAACGAUGCCACCAGCGUAGUCAGUAGCAGUGUUUCCAAUGAAAAAAACUGAUUUUAAAAACGGCAUGCAAUGCUCUUCCACAUCUUUGCGUUAAUACCAGUAUGCGCAUUGCUCAUAUGAAAUUGUAAAACAUACGCUCAUUUCCACUCGCCAACAUUUAACUAAAUAACACAUGCACAUUUGCAUACUUACUUUAUCAUUACUUCUGUCCUUUUAAAAAGUAAGCCAAAUUAAAUAUUCGGUGUUGAAGAAUGAAUAUUAGGGAUGCGCAUCGUGAGUAUUGCGGUGGACUGAAAAUUUGACGAAAAUGAAGAACAGCGAAGUUAACCAAAAUAAAUAUGCUAUCUGUUAAUUUAAAGUGCGUGCCUGAUCUCAUAAAAUGUUAGCCGAAGUUCCGAAAUACGUUUUUGACUGGGAAGGGCUACUAAGGUAGGGUUGUAUUACUGCUAUCCUAGGACAUCAUCUUAUGGUAUUUGGGACUCACCAUGAUGCUGGCUUUUAAAUACAUUUCUUUACGGCCUCCUAUAAAACGACACUCGAUAAAAACUGCUACUUAUAUAGUAUGCAUUCGUCAUAUCGAUUUUCGAUGUCCCAAAAAAUUCAAAUAUAUCUUGUAAAAAACACUCAAAAAUAUAAUUUCUUUACUAACUUGGCAGCAAAUCACGCCGGCUUUGCAUCUCAGGCUCAAAUAAAUGACAACUUUCGGUUUUAAAAAAUUUCUCAAUUUGGAAAUUUUUUAGACCGUGCAAUGUCCAUUCACACAGCACCGCACCUGUGCGUGUAUCAAUGCUGCUCGUGAGGUGUACGACAUAAUCCGCAUCCAGUGACAAUUCUAUUAACUCUACAUGAUACUUGCUUAGACGUGUAGAUAAAUAUACGAUUAUACUUUCGCCAAAGAGAGCAAAUUGAAGACGUAAAUGGUUAAAUGCCUAUGCUGUCGUUCAUUCGCUUCAAAGUUAUUCCGUUAUUGGUAAACUUUAUCAAAAUUUAAUUAUACUCUUUUUUGACUGUCGUAUGUAUAUUUGGUGCGAUUUUCUACCAAAUAAGCAAAAUAAAUCAUAUUUUCGCGUGUUUUUAUUAACAUAUAUUUCGAUUUAUUAGGGUAUCGAAAAUCAAUAUGAAAUAUGCAUGAUACAUAACCGACCAGUCUUUCCGAGUGUUAUUUUAGCAGUAGUUUGCAAAAAAGUGUACUAAAUAGAAAACAUCACGCUGAGUUCCAAACAUCCUAGGAUUAUUCCUCAAGAAUCCCACUUACGUAAUCCUUCCCAGCCGAAAAUGCAUUUCAGAACUUUGACUUACAUUUCAUGAGACCGGUUAGGUACUGUAGCUAAAUGCGUUUUGAGUAUAGGUUGGCGUUGGAUGCUUGUUUGAGAGCCUUCAGGUCUUGUAGAUAUAACCCUGAGAAUUUCGGGCCGUUUUGCAAAGUAAUUACCUUAUUUUCACUGCCAUUAGAUGAAUCAUGUUAAUUACCAUUACACGAACCGUUAAAAAUAGGACUGGCAAUCUUCCUUUAAACAUGCAGCGGAUGACAUUUGUAGACCUCUCGAAAAUAAAAUGACGAAUUACGUAUUGGUAAUUUUCCUUCCCUAAAAAUGACUUGCACAAAAUAUACGUCAGUAGAAUUCAUUUCCCUCACUAUUACUGUUUAUUCGUAAAGUUCGAUUAAUAUGUAGAAAGCUGAAUUAGUCACUAAACACAGGUUAAAGUUAAAUGAUGAGUUUGAAAAUGAGUAGAUUUCUCAAACAAUCUCAGUGGUCCCCACUCUUCUUCCUUUCUUUAAGAUUUUAAUAAAUGUGUUAUUUUCGCGACCAGUGCAAAUAAAACGGCCAAUGAAUUACCCAUAUGACCUUAGUUCCAUUGUUUUUCAGUUUGAAAUGCAUUAAUUAAUAUGUACUUUCCAAACUUAGGCAUGAUUUCAUUGCUGAUUGCUUUUUUCCGUUCUUCGGUGUAUGGCGUAAGAUAUCAUAAGAAAGAUCGCAAAGUAAAAUAAAACAGAGGCUGUACUACGAGCAGCACAAGACGCAGACUGCAGUAAAUAAAGGUCCACCAAUCGAUUUCCAAGAGAAAUUAUUGUAGGCGAAACAUUGGCAUUUAUGUGAUCACGAGUCAUAUUGGUAUAACCAUGAGUCUAUCAGCUUGCGAUCUUGCGCUUAGUUUCUGUUAAAUGCUAAAUAUAAGAUGGUAAACUCCGUAAUAACAAGAAUUGAAAACAAUCACACUGCAUGCCAUUACGUGGCAUAUCCCAUGCAGGCUUCUCAUAAAUUUCUUCGUGAGCUGUCAGAAGUAAAGUAAAACGAUUGUCGACGUGUGGAAGAUCGUAGUCCGGUGACGGUUACGAGUGCGAAUUCUCUGCACUUGCGUCAAGAAAUACGUGUAUAAAGAAUGCUUACAUUCUAACCGCUUUAACGGCUUGUCGCAGACUGUACUAGUCCAAGAUAUCAUCAUCAUCAUAAUGAAAUUAUCAAAUUUAUCAGGAACUACCAAACUAUCCGCGCUUUAAUUUCGCCUCAUUACAGGGAUGUCCAGAAGAAAUUUUAGCCGAAAACGAUUUUUUCCGAAAGGUCGGGCCUCCUGAGAGUGGGCAAAGAAAGAAUAUGUAAACGUCCAUCUCAGCACAAUCUGCGAAUGUCCUCUCGUCAAAGCAAAGUUAUCUACUUAAAUACAUAUCAGUAGGCAGUUUUACCACAGGACAGUUAAGAAAACCUCGGAGACCCAUCGGGAGACACGCAACUCAGUCAAUUAUGAUGUGAUAGUGUUUUCCUUGCUGUCACUUUCUAGGCUAUCUUUAAGGCAGGGCCCUACCAAUUGCACCGGAUCCGCUGACAUUAUCGAGGCCUCAACCACAACUUGCUGAGUACGGCAGGCUGACCUUAAUUAUAAUACUCCUGCUUUGUUAACAAAUCAGUAGGAAUCGUCCAGUAAAUUAUGAAGAAGUGGUCUCAAACCUAUAUAUUAUGUUGGGUAGAUAAAGUCCUUUACAUUACUAUAGGGAUCUGCUUGUGUUUCUAGAAGACUGGUGCCAUACUCCUCCCGUCCCUCUUUUUGUCGUGGACAUUUCAGAUGCAAACGAGGUUGAACUCAUAAGAAUUCCGUCAAAACCGAAAAGCGAAGUGGCCGUCUCUGGUGGUUCUUAGCCCCAACUGUCUCGGUGUAUUGCGUAUCUAGCCUGCUAUCCUUACAGAAGUGUUGUGAUUUUUUUCUGAUUAUUAGCCAUUUUUUAUUUAUACUCAGGCAGCCUACACAUUACUCGAAUAUAUUAGGCAAUCAAACCGAACCGAGCUCCCAAAGAAUAGUCAGCAUUUCUAAUAUAAUUAAUUAAACGAUGGGUCAUACACAUUGAAUUAGGUUGCAUAACGCUUGGAAUUCCUGGCUUCAUAGUAUAAACAAAUCUGUGAAGUUCAAGAUUAUCCUUAAUCAGUCCUUUCUAUAUAAGGAUCGAAUCCUCAAAAGUCACUCGUCAGGGCUCACAUCAUUUUUAAAGGUGAGAUGGAUCCCAUUUUGGAUAUCUUUCAAAACCUCACACAUGCAUGUAAGACCAAUCUAUGUCUUUGUACCCUGUAAAAGCACCAGCGGCCUCCGGCCACAUCAUCUAAACUACCUCAUAAUGCACGUAAGGAUAGUCAGACUGCAGACCAAUUAGAUAAUGUAGAUUAAUGGCCGCUUCUGCAAUCAUUAUUUCCAAUUAGACAGACAACGAUGCUGCGCAGAAGUCUAAUCUGACUUCUGACGCCAAUAAAACAGACUUACAUGAGAUUGUAAUGACCAAGAAAUAUUUCUCACCCAAGCAGAGGUAGAAUAAUUGUUUGCAGUCCUUUCUAGAAAAGUGCAGAUUUAAGAAAUGUUUGUAACUGGAGUUUUCAAACGCUGUCACCAGGUAUGGACACGUGAUGCAUUAUAAUAAAUACUCAAAUGUCGGCCUCGUAUGGACUGCUUGAAAUUUCACUUUAGGGGAUUAAUAAAAAACCGAUGCAACUACGAAUGGAGUUGGGUUGUGGCAUAAGGUUUUGCUUACCAUUGAUGAAUGCGAAAUAUGUGAGGUCUUGAGACAGUUGACGGACAUCAGAAAUUCAAGCGGGAAUGACUAACGUUAUCUAAAGAAGACUGAGUAUAGAAUCAGUCCUCUGAUUGCGUAUCAUUAGAAAUAUUGAAUUUCGAAUUCUAGUGUGGUUUAAGAUAGAUAUUUUAUCUAGAAUCCAUUCCGAAUGAAGGAAUGGCAUGGGUCUUCAAAUAUCAAAAUUGGGGCACCUGCAUUUAUAUAAAAUUUUCAAACAACGGAUUGCAUUAGUGGCUUGUCUAGGCAAAUUGUUUACUUUCACUAAAAUCAUGUAAACCAUUUCACUAGAAAAUCAUUCUUCAUUGCAUGCAUACAGUUUUAUUCGAAGAAAAAUAAGCCCUUUGGAAAAUCAAGCAAACUUUAUUUCGAAGCGUUUCGACGCUGGUUCCCCAGAUCGUCGUUAGACGUUUGUACAGUGUGAAAAAAGUUUAAAAUUGAACAUGUCCGGAUAAUCGAGAUUGCUUUGUAAGUGCUGAGGAUGGGUCGGUGCUGUUGGCUGGCGUCACGUUUUGAAUAGCCAUCACUUUUAUGAAAUAUGUGAGACUACGCUUAAUUAAACGUAUUAUUAUAGUUGGAUUUUGAUGUCACAUCUUUGGUUUGCCAAUAUAAGCGAGAAGACGAGUCCCAGGAAGCAGCCGGUAUCGUUUCUCCCUCUUCGCGACAUCUUUGGUUUAUUUAACAAGUAAAUGCAUCCUGACCGUCAGCAUUUAUGACAGCCGAAAACAAAAAACUGCAUUUUCGUCAGUUAAAUAAAUUGCCGGGGUUGUUUACGCAAUUAAACGAUGCAAAACAUGCUCCCUGGUAGCUCACAAAUAUACGGACCUUUCUAUAUUACAGGCGGCACUGUUUUGAAGUCGUUGCAAAGGGUGACGCCAGCAUAAAACUUUGAGUUAGAACACGGUAAUGGGUAAUUCUAGAAUUUUACUCGAACCCAUCUAUACUGCGGAACGGCUCAUUUUUCAACAUCUUACUUGUUCCUUAAGGCGGUCUAAGUGUGCUUGAAAUUUGUUGGCUAAAAUUUUUUUAAGUAAUAGUAAGGAAAUACUCCCGGGACUGGUGAUCAAAUUUCAUAAACCUCGGAUUUACUUAUUGGAAAUUGCUUUGACUUGUCACAGAGACAUUUAUAUUUUUAUCGUUUAAUGAUGGGCUACUUUAGAAAGAAAGUGUGAAAGGAUUUUGAGCUGGCUGAAGAAUAAGAACAAAUACUGUCCCAGGAAAUGUUGGGUUACAUUUUAUUUUUCUUCCGUUCUUCUGACAAGGGAGAUAGUGCCUUUUAUUGAAAUUAUUAAAGCGGCCAUGGCGUAUUUUACUUUGCAAAUUAGAGAAACGGUUCUUCCUACUAGGCGUGAUAAUACCUGUGCUGCUUCCUAUUUUUUAAUAAUGGCAUGGAAUUUCUUGAGUCAUUAAAAGUUGCUUUUAAUUGCAAAGGCAAAAAUGAUUUAACAGCGCAUUUGGAAGUGUGAGGAUAAGACGGCCAUUUCAAAUUACAACUCCCAAUUCAAAAAUGACUUCAUAGGAAUUGUUCUGUGGGCGCACAUUUAAAGCACUGACUAACGGAAGUUUUACCCAAUAUGAUAAAUGCUAUUUCCCGAAGCAUUUAACUAGAGGGGACCAUAAGUAGUUUCUGAGUAAGAAGAUUGCAUCUGGGUAAAAGGCGUAGUCGGACGUGUGCCUCCAUCUCACUACGCUUAAAGACGCCAGUAUGGUAAAAUCCAAAUUUAAGUUUUGACAAAUGCAGUUAAGACUGUUCAUGCGGCGCUAAACUAAGUGGACUGAAAACUGCGGAAGGCAGACUUUUAAAAGCGCACACAAGAACAACAGCAGACGCCUAUUUAGUCCUUGUGAGAUUGGCGUCAGAUUAAAUAAAGUAGGCCGAAAAGCCCACCUAAGUGGCACUCUCUACCGUAGACAAAAAAAUUUACCAGAGGCAACGGAAAAAAUGGCCAUGGGCAUCGCCGUGAGUAUAAUGUAGACGAACUGUCAACUAGAACCAAGUGAAUGACUGGGUGUAGUUUAUCAAAACGCAUGGUAACUGCCGUCCCUGACAAUAUGAGGGCCAGAGAGGACGAACUACGUCGCACAAACGGGCUCUUCGGUAGGGCUAUCAUUUGUCUCAAGUAGCUACUCAAAACCUAAAAGAAGGCUACACGAAUAAUAGGAUGAGAAGGCAAAGAGACGCUGCCGUAACUGUUGAAGGCCUGAGUGUCUGAAUCAAUUUCCAUAAAAAUCAAAUUGAUAUAUCUUUCCGCUGCUAUUAAUCUCUAAUCUCAUACGACAAGGUGGCGCGGUUUAGAUACUACCCAGGGGUCAAUAAUCUGCAAAUCAGACGAUGUAAACUCAGUCCAGUGAUUGACACACCACCGUCUCCGCAGUUGCCUGACUACAAAGCUGCUCGUCUGUUGUCGCAUUUUCAUACUGCCAGAUGAUGGGCAGUAUGAACAAGCAAACACACUCGCUAUUUUUGGGAUCGCGUGUUCGAAUUCCCUGCAAAACAUGCGAAGUAAUUUUGUUACCGAACAUUCGUUAGUUUUCCAUACCUGCAUUACAUCAUUGUUGCAAGCGAUUCAGACAAUAUGAAUCACUUGCAACAAUGGUCUGAUGAUUGGUGUCUUAAUCUCGUCGUUAACAAAUGCCAACUUAUCCAACUACCAUCGAGGAACAUGAGACUGUUCAUAUUUGAAUCUCACUACUUUAUAGGAAGCCACCAACUCGAAUCCGUCAACGAAUUAAGAGACCUUGAUAUGUGGAUUACGUCAACUUCCAAACCAUCGUCUCACUGCGUUAGGGUAGCAAAAAGAGCUAUGGGUAUCCUAGGAGCGAUUAGAAGAUCCUUCGUCAAUUUUGAUGAACUUUUCGGCAAAGUAUUUGAAGUAUACGUUCAACCGACGUUGAAAUAUUGUGUUAAGUCAUGCUGUCACUGUAAGAAACAAGAUUACACCCUACUGGAGAACUUAUAACGUAGAGCGACCAGGCUAGUCGGCGGAUUAUGUGGCUAACUUUACGAAAGACGGCUGGGGAAGCUAAAAAUAUUUCCUCUAUCUUAUAGACAAUACAGGGGGGACAUGAUCGUCCGAGGGUUAGACUGUGCUCUUCAGUUUGACAACUUCUUCUAACUGGCGCGGACGACAAGUCUCCGAGGGCACCCAUACAAAUUGAAGACAAAACAUGCCAGACUCGAUUUGCGGGCCAAACUCUUCUCUCACAGGCUGGUUGAGGGAUGGAACAAAUUCCCGAACUCCGUUGUCUUGGCGGAAGACUUCGAAAGAAGACUUGAUAAAGGUAUGCUUGACGGUCAAACAUUACAUGAUAUCAAUGACUGGCAUAACUGCCAUGUACAUAUCUGCAUGUUUUUUUCAUACGUCUAUCUGUAAAUAGGGUUUUCCAAGGUUCUGCCUAUAUCCCCCAAAUAAACUAGAUUUAUUUAGAUAUAGCUGGGUUUAGGUCGUUUUGUAUAUCUACAAAUUCUUAAUGUGUAUGGUAGAGGGCAUAACUAACAUUAUAUGCGGACGAGGAGUCUAAUGUUCUAUUAUUUAGUGGGCAAAAGGCCAUAAUUCCCAAAGAUUCAUUCAAACUAAAAAGCAGUGACCGGCAGAAAAGGAGAUGAAAAAUUAAACUGCCCUAAAAUCAUCUAAUAUGUGCACAUUAGAUUUUCUGAUAAGCUGUCAAACGUACCUACCUUUCAAUUAUAAUAGUUAAAUAGAUUUAUUAUAAGAGUUAGGACGAUUUGCACUUCCAAUAUUAUGCGGUUCGGCAUAAUGUCAUUCUUCGAAAGCAUAAAACAACGCAAUAGUGGCAUUUUUUUAACUAGGAGAAAGAGGUUACCUGUUCACUGGAUGAAAAUCGUUUUCGUUCUCAUCAUGGACUCCGGAGUGACAACUGCAUCAACCUGUUUACUCAUUCAUCCACUGUAGCCUAGGACGCCUGUUUCAAUUAUGUCGUCGUUACUGGUGUCUGCAAAAGCCACCAGUUAGUGUUCCUGCUCACAACGCCAGGAUGCCGGUAGAUCUGGGGUUGUUUUAAGUUACCAGCUUUCCAGCGAAUUAGAAGCGAAAAUAUGCCUGCUUGAAUGUUUAUGUAAACGUCAUGAAACUGUAUUUUAAGGUGAACAGUCAGUUAAAUUCGGAGGAUAAAAUGCGGCUGGAUAUUUUACCGUCAAUUAAGUAUUUGAUUUCUAUUACAUUGACGGACUUGUCAAAAUAAAACACAUACAUUUCUACGAGAAACGUUACUGUCCACCACCUGUCGGUAUAGAGCUGAACACUGCUAGCACAAACGACCGAUGAUUUCGCCAAUAAGGAGUUCCAAUGGCUAUCUCUGAGUUCGCGGAAGGCAAGGGUCCGUUUAAAAGAAAAGUACAUCUCAGGACUGCGGUUUGCAGUCUACAAGACGAAAUUGAAAAUUUGGCUUUUAACGGCACCAGAUGACAGUAUUUAGGCUGGCGACCGUAUCGCUUCGAAAAUAAAAAUAUGAUUCUCGAGGGCGCAGUGUUCAAUAUCUGACUUCAAAUUGACCUAUUCAAGUCCUGGUUGUAAUAAUUUAGCAAUAUCUUUACAUAAAAUAGUGUCCAUUUAUCUUGCCGUGAUGAUGCUGCCCUGUUUUUGACCGGAAAGUUCACACCUUUCUGAUAUGAUCAGUGUUAAAAUAUUGCAAUCCGCAAAAUACAACGUGGAAAACACCAUUACGUUUUCUUCCAGAAGUCUACUGAUGUGCUGACAGUCUUCUAAAAAUAUUCAAAGCAUUUUUCUGACUUUACUGAACUAAGAAAAGCACUCUCCUCACUCGCGUUUGAGCUACUCUGCCAUAUAUCAGGGUGUGUUUACACGAAAGGCACCUCGUCGCCAAAUAUUGUUGAUACAGAAAAUGCAGGUCAUAAAUGCAUUUAUUGCGGUUUAUAUCAUUAGGUCACAUCCACAUUUCGUAGUAGACUUUUUUCAUUUUAAUUUGUCCCACCAAAAUCUUUUUAUUCAACUUCUUCUAAAAGGAGAAAAUCCCUAAAAGCCAUAUAUAAAUUAUCGACCUAGUUGUUUGCGUAACUCUAUGUAUUUCACCCAAAUGUUCAAUCCUACCUCGAAAAUGCCUAUCCGCUGUAGGAACUUACUGCCAAAUAGCAGUUUUAAACACCCGUAGUUCAAAAGUUGACGGAUAGUCAAUUUUCUGACUGUUUCCAACAAAUAAAGCUGUUUUUUGUCUGGGUCUUAACCAACGUCUCCACUCCUCUCUCCUGGGAAUCUGAGGCGUCUGGCAUUAAGCGUACAGCUAUCUUUGCUUCAAACCGCGGACAAUUUUCAAGAGUAAAACAUAUAUCCACGUCUCAUUAAUAAUCAGUUCGGUAUAUUCGCCGAAGAUUACUGGCAAAGGUGCAGCCCAAACGCGUUUUUUCCCUCACCUUCCCACUUCCGAAUUUUCCCGGGAAAUAAAACAAACGACUAUAUUUGUUUUGGAAUGCCGUGUUUUAGUUUUUAGUCCAUAGCGAUAGUAAGGUUCCCUUUGUGUGUUAUCUAACAUUUUGGUGUAACCGGAUACGCCGAGUUGUUUCAGUAUGUUUUUUCAAUGCUAGAUUGUUUGACGUGAUGAUCUAGCUUCCGCUCAGCGCGACCCCUUUGUUUUGUCGUAGAAGAUGACGGAUCAACGCAAGCAGCCGGAAAUACGUCCGAUCCUAUGGAAGAUCAUAUCAUCUUUAGCGUUAAUUUCUGCUUCCUGCGUUCUCAUCAACUGACGAAAAUCUGUCCAGGUAAUGCUUAUUUUUAGACAUAUGCAUCUGGACAUCCAUUAUUUCGAUGUGUCAUCGAUAGAUAUCGAUUUGUUUACAGCGGUCCUACAUUGCCCAGCAGGUAGACCGAAUAGAAGGGCACCUGUGGAAACAAUAUCCUAACUUUUUUCGCAGUCGGCGACAACACACGUUUUCCAUGGAUCCAGGGGUUGUAUAGGCUGUAGUAGAAUUUUAGCUUUAACAUUCUCUUCCCAUUGUGUGGGGCGCUCAUGUAGGUCUCGCAAUCGUUAAACUGAACAGAGACAUAAACCCAUAAGACAUAAGUUGGGGUAAAUCAAAAACCAAACUAAAAAUAUUCACUGUAGGAAGUGCCGAAACAUAUGGUAUAAAUACUCGCGGGAAUUAUUCCUUGGGCGUUUGUUGACUGAGGACGCAAAUGCCAAUAUGCUUCCAUACCCCGACCGCCUGGAGAUAAGACCAACUCUCGGGACAGCCUACAGGGUUGAUGUCAUCAACUGCAGAAAGAAUAGCCCGAGGAGCAGCCUGAACUCGAAAAACUAACCAGAGAUAGAGUCAGAGCGAGAGAGAAGUUAGCAUGGUGUCUGCAUAUCUUAUGGGGUGCGACUGCUGUAUAAAGCCAUUUCUUGCUUGAAAUAGACCGCAGAACAUUAUCCACUUAUGCAAACUUCAUCGUUUUCAUAACAGUAUGUAGUGAGCAUAUCUUGUGUUACGCCACUGGGUUUAGCAGCCUAUGCAACUACUAUAUCUUAAAAGGCCUUUUCUUUUACUAAUCCACGGUUAUAGAAUUCUCCCUUUACGUAUUAUCUAACGGUAUGAAAUUAGCGUACCCGCCCAGUUGUUUUAGUUUGUCUUUUUAGUGAUAAAUUGUUUGGUGUGAUGUUUUCGUUCCCACCUCCCCUAACCCGUUGUCUUCUUCUAAUUUUGCAGUUGGCCCUGUGUACUUUAACUGCCUUUGUUGUUGAUCUCGUACUAUUUACUUAUUUCUUCCGCAAGAGUAGGCAAACCCUUUUGCGUCAUGUCGGUACUCACCAUACGAUGCCUGUUGCAUGGAUCACCGGCGGCCUUUUCGUUUACAUUGUCUCGGUUAGAACACAACCGCUCUGCUUCCUUGACAUCUCUCUGUCGUCCAACACAAAUAUUUCUUUAAGAAUACUUGUACAUGAUCCCUCUCAUAAAAAAGCAAUAAGACAGUUAAAUUCAGUUGAGGUGUGGGGUUACAUAACCUACCGUUGCCCGAAAAUUCUUUUAAUAUACCUUUAGUCUGCCACAAUAUAUUAGACCUUUACCACACAGUGCCCCUAUACAGCUGUUUGCCUACCCGAAGGUUCGACCGUCGGUUUUGACGGUGUCCAUCGUGUGCUCCAAAGCAAGGUGAAGCAGGUACGAUGACUUGUGCGUGAGUUAGUUUAUAGCGUCAGCAGACUUGCACAGCAUCUACCGCACCAUCUCUUCCCCACUCCCCACCUGAGGUUAGUGUCGAGACAGAGCCAAGAGGACCGUAGGUGGGAGAGGGCGCAGGUGGCUGGCACGGCCGGAGCCGCACCUAGGCGUUCAGCCAUAGCCCCUGGUCCACACAGCCAAUGUCCAGGAUUUUUCGCAAACACAGCAGCACACCAACAGGGGUCAGCAGAACGAGGAUAAUAACUGGGCAGCCAUUUUCGUCACCAGUGUGACUGGCGGGAGUGCAAGCGCAUUUACCGGGGGGGACCUGGUGUCAGGGAACUGUCAGCGCCUACCAGGUUGCGAGGGCCAUGGUUUGUUGAUACUGGCAUAGCACGCAGUCUCAGACCGUUUGACCUAGGAGGGCGACACGUGGUCCUGCAUAUAGCCUGGGCCGUCGCCAUCUAAGGUUAGAUAACUAAAAUGUCUUCGACUGAGACGUCGGAUGAGAGGCACUAGCCGUAAUGUGCACACACUUUACUCACAUACAUGAGAGUGUCACAAAUCGCUUGAGAAGGAGGCGUUUUAGCCUGGCUCUCAGCCCACAAACCGGCCACUACAAACAACUGCGUGGACUGAGUUGGGGUGUCGGUCGUCGCCCGACAGUCAGCCUCCUACCUACCACGCCUUCCACGCCUCUUAAAACACUUCGCGUGCGCGUGUGAUUCGGUCUUCGGCCUGUGGAUGCCAUGAUACCGAUCGCAUUUUUCGUCUUCCUCGAUUGGAUGCAGUCGUACAAAGCUCCGAUGCGGACACACAAUUUGUGGCCGGACAAGCAACCUGAAUGGCUGGUGAUAACGGUUGCUGUCUCUAUCCACUGAAUAACGUUCAUGCUAUCUCGUCCGAACAAAGGCUGUCCAAUACUUUUUCCCCCAACUUCUUAUAAGGUAACAAUUAAGUUGUCAACCACUGUACCUCGGAAGCUGAUGACUCAUAUUUUAUCGAAUAAAUACUGUCAUAACUGCAUUCCUUUUGUUUUCGAGUAUUUGUCAAACGUAUGUUUCUUAUCCCACUAUGUACCUUUCACAAGUUUUCCUUGACUUUUGCUCAGCUAUUUCUUCUUCUGCGUGUUACAGCGACCCAAUAACAUGCCACAUUCCACUUUAAUUAGUCUUUUAUUCAGAUUUCUACCCCAUUUUGAUAUAUUUACCGUGAAUUCACUUCUUUCAACCCUGAGCGAUGUCUGAUGAUAUGAUUAUCGCACUUUUGUGGGAUCCGAGUUUCAUUUCGUUCCCAGCUUGUUCUCGACGUGUGAGUGAAGGAAAUAGAUUAAGCGUAGGUUAACGCGGUCAUCUUGACAUUCACCUGACAUAAUUAGAGCACACACUUUUCGGUUCCGAUUUUUGUUGAAUGUUUGCAUUUUCGAAGCAACCGGUCAGCUGACCUUGACGAAUAGCAUUACUGUCUCCGUGUUGGAUUGUGCGUCACUACCAUAUUUAUUUUCCUUUUCAGAUUUCAUGUAUUACUUUUUGGUUUUUUCCACACAUGUAUUGAUAUGCUGAUAUGGAUUUGUUUUCUCAGAAAUCGCUAAUGGCGGUUUUACCGUCGUGACCGCCGAUAUCAUCCGCGUGCUCUACGGCAGGCUGAAAGAAGGCACGGUGACUUUUACGUGCAGAGUAGUAGCUUAAAAAGUGCUGCAUCUACCGCCCCCUCUCCUCCUCCCCCUUGUCAGCCUGAUAUCAAGAUAUGAUCAAGAAGACCGGACACGGAGUGGGCAUUGGUGGCUGACCCGCCGAAUGAACACGCACCUAGGCGUACCACAAUAUGAAGGCGCCGAUGUAGCUUGACUCUCACACCACCAGUCGUCCAUGCCAAACGUAAAAAUCUCCUGGGCCGACUGCGAGGAGGUCGAAGCUGUCCCUUCAGCUGGCAACCUUCCAAGCCAGUUCGGCAAAGGGAGAGGAGGACACAAGUCACUGGAUUGCCUGACGAAUUUUCCGAUGCAAUCCAUUAGCUCGAAGCAUUAUCUUCUAUUUGUGGACUUUGAUCCGUCCUCCUGAAGUCCCGGUCUCUGUUGUGGGUUUCGGUCCUGUCCUCUCAUCACUGUCCAUUGCAUUUUGUGUUGCAGUUUUAGCGGGAAACUGCACUUACAGUGCAUGCUGCUGACAAGCACCUCCAGCGGCCCUCCUUUCCCCUGAAGUGCAUGUACUGGCGGUGAUACCUUCGUGAUAGCUUCGAGCGCAUCAGAUUUUUUAUAGGGAGAAAAGUGCCCUGAGUCAUCGACUUCACUCUCCCUUCCCAUCCCCAUUGCUGCCUGACUUUCAUACCGCCAGUCUGUCGCUCCACGCAAACUCAUAUUGGGCCGACUGCGAGGUCCAAGUUAUCCGUCAGUUGGCAGCCUUCCAAGCCAGUUCGGCAAUAGAAAAGGUGGAAGAGGAGAAGAAGAAGAAUAAGAAGAAGAAAAAGAAGAAGAAGAAGAAGAAGAAGAAGGAGAAGGGAGAGGAGGAGGAGGAGGAGGAGGAGGAGGAGGACACAAACUACUGGGCUUAUCUUCCCAACGGGCACGCAGACCCCCUCGCCGGCAAGGAAUCUGGUGACAAAGAACAAGGCUGUGAAGACCAUGGCUUUCUGAAUCGUGUCAUAACAUACAGCCCAGUCUUAAAGUCACACUGA